GAACAAAACAGGAAAUCUAGAACCCGAACCGGACACAAGGGGGGAGGACACAGAAUAACUAGAACAGAGGGAAUUAAUCACCAAACAAAACGCUGGGUCAACGACCCAGGACCAUGACACAGGCGGACAAAAUGGUGGUGGCUAAUCAACCAGACAUGGUGGUGGUAGACGAAAAGAACCAGACGGCCAUAGUGAUCCAUGUAGCGGUCCUGAAUAACAGCAACAUCAGGAAGAAGGAACACGAGAAGCUUGAGAAAUACCAAGGGCUCAGAGAAGAUCUCGAGAAAAUACUACUAAAACGGUUUGAGUCUGAGGGAGUAGAUUGGUUAAAUAUUCCUCUCUAAAUUCUACUUUGUUGUGAGUUUGUGUUUUAAGAAAAAUUAAUUGGAGUAUUAGCUGCAGUGACUCCCAAACUAGGCGGGUGGCUCCAGCAGAUCCCAGGAACAACUUUGGAGCUCUCUGUCUUUGGAGCUCUGUUUAUGUAAAAUCCUAACAGAGUUAGGAUUUUACAUAAACAUUGAUCUUCAGAUGUGAACUUACAAAGCAACAUUUCUCUUUUUUGAUGCAUAGUACUGUUUUCAGUAGUUAGACUGGCUCAUUUAACAAUAAUCAACACAUCAUUGUAUUCCCUCGUGACCACGUCAUGGAUCAACAGUAACACCUCUUUUUUCCCUGUGGUUUUCCUCACAGAUUGAUGAUGUGUCUCAGAGUUCAGCAGCUCAGCUUUACUGAAAUGUUAUGAAACUUAAAGAGAAAGUAAAUCGAGGCAGAAGCUGAUCAUCGAUCAGAGCUAACUGUCUGUGAUUCUGCACUCAGUUCAAGUGGAGACAACAAGCUGAGUAAAAGUGCAACAGGUAAACACUGAGGAUGGCACAGGUGACGAUCAGAACAAAGAGCAGACAGGGAGACUUCUACCUGGACAUGGAUCACCUGCUGAUGCUGAUGCUGCAGCUGCUGCUGCUGCUGCGGAGCUCAGGAGUCCAGGUUGGGGGAAAACACAGUUCUACAGAGCCUGGUGAUGUCAGGCUGGUGGGAGGAGCCAGUCACUGUGCAGGAACACUGGAGGCAAAACAUCUGGGAGAGUGGAGACCAUUGUGUGCCUCUCAUGAUUCAUGGACCCUGAAAGAAGCAGCUGUUUUCUGUGAAUACCUAGACUGUGGCUCUGCUGUUCAUGUAGAAGAAAGACAUUCCUCAUAUAAAUCUGCAUGGUCUAUCAGUUCUGAUUGUGUUCUGUCCAGAUCUCCUCUGAGGGAAUGUACAACAUCAGAUUACACUGACCAAAUCCUGAAACUCACCUGUGCAGACUCUGUCAGGCUGCUGAAUGGUUCCAGUCUGUGUUCAGGCAGACUGGAGGUGAAGUCUAACCAGAGCUGGUCCUCAGUGUGUGAAGCUGACUUUGACCAGCAGGAUGCAGAGGUGGUCUGCAGGGAGUUUGGCUGUGGGCCUCCUUUGGUCCUCCAGGGGGCGCUCUAUGGAGAAGUGGAGGCUUCAGUGUCGAGCAAAGAGUUCCAGUGUGGAGGCCAUGAGUCUGCUCUCCUGGACUGUAGAAGCUCAGCCUCAGCUAGAAACAGCUGCUCACCUGGCAAAGCUGUUGGACUCACCUGCUCAGAGUCUGAUGAUGUCAGGCUGGUAGGAGGACCCAGUCGCUGUGCAGGUACACUGGAGUUAAAACAUCUUAGAGAAUGGAGACCAAUGGGGUACUCUGAUGAUUCCUGGACCCUGAAAGAAGCAGCUGUUGUGUGUGAACAACUGGACUGUGGCUCAGCUGUUUCUAUGGAAGCGGCACAGUCCUCAUACAAAUUUGUGUGGUUGAUCAGGUCUUCCUGUAUUGUGUCCAAAACUCCUCUGUCCAAUAGGGAUUGUGCAAUAUCAGAUCAGCUUGACUACAUCCUGAAACUCACCUGCUCAGACUCUGUCAGGCUGCUGAAUGGUUCCAGUCUGUGUUCAGGCAGACUGGAGGUGAAGUCUAACCAGAGCUGGUCCUCAGUGUGUGAAGUUGACUUUGACAAGCAGGAUGCAGAGGUGGUCUGUAGGCAGCUCGGCUGUGGGCCUCCUUCGGUCCUCCAAGGGGCGCUGUAUGAAGAAGUGGAGGCUUCAGUGUGGAGCAAAGAGUUCCAGUGUGGAGGCCAUGAGUCUGCUCUCCUGGACUGUAGAAGCUCAGCCUCAGCUAGAAACAGCUGCUCACCUGGCAAAGCUGUUGGACUCACCUGCUCAGAUAAUGAUGUCAGGCUGGUAGGAGGACCUAGUCGCUGUGCAGGUACACUGGAGUUAAAACAUCUGGCAGGAUGGAGACCAUUGUGUGGCUCUCAUGAUUCCUGGACCCUGAAAGAAGCAGCUGUUUUCUGUGAACAUCUGGACUGUGGCUCAGCUGUUUCUAUAGAAAAGCGACGCUCCUCACGCACAUCUGCAUGGUUGAUUACACCUGAGUGUGUUCUAUCCACAUCUCCUUUGAGGGGUUGUGCAAAGACAGAUUCUUCUUACCAAAUCCUGAAACUAACCUGUUCAGACUUCCUGGUUCAGCCAGUCAUCUCUGUGUCCUCCAUGAACGGGGUCUCCAAAGCCCAGCAGCAGGAGCUUCGGGUAUCAAGGGGCUCUAACUUCACCAUCAGCUGCUCCAUCCAGCCACAGUAUCCAGGAGGCUUCUUCCAGCUCACCUUCACCUCCUCCAACACAGCAUACAACUACACCCAACCAGCUGUCAAUCACUCUGCUUAUUUCCUGUUUCCUGCUGCAAAGCUCGCCCACCAAGGAAACUACAGCUGUGUUUAUCACGUCUAUGCUAUCGCUCAUAACUUCUCCUCUGAGAGCCGCCUGCUGUCUGUCACUGUGUCAGCUCGAACAGAUUUCACAGUUCUCAUCACAAUGCUCAUCCUACCGCUGACUCUGCUGCUGGUGAUCGCUGCCCUUUAUUUCUACUGUCAGGCCAGCAGGGGGCAGAAAUCCAGCAGACAGAAGAACACUGAGCUGCUUGACUCUAAUCAGGGUGUUUGUGCAGGUGAAGGAGGGACGGCUGCAAAUAAAGGAGUUCAGCAGGACCUCCAAAGAGCUCAUCCUACAGCCACAUGAAUUAAUCAGCUGAUGUGAGCGACCAUCAGCUCAGUUUUCUGCUGAAGACUUAAAUCUGUAAACACACCUCACUAACAAAUAUCUUCAUUAAUUAUUCUGAAAUGUGUAGAGAUAGAUCACCCACCAGGGAAGGCGGUGAGGCAACAUUUUAAAAAUGCACAGUGUAACACUGGAUCAUUUACACUGCAGUCAAACAGGCCUCAACAUCAGCUUAUGACUUCUUGGUAACCACUGGUCACUAUGGAAGAAUGUGGAUUCCUUCACUGGCAGUCUUCUGGUGAAAUUGGUGCUGCACUGAAAAGCUCCCUCGCUUUGGUGUCUGCAGGCUGACGAGCUCGCUGCAGUUUGCAUAGAAAACACAAACUUGUCUGCAAAAGUUUGCCAACUGCUCACAGACUACGUUCAAUAUCCUUUUACUUCCACUAAUGUAAGAAAGACAUUUUUAGUAUUUAGAAGAAGUAGUUGCUGUGAUGUUUCAUGCUGUGUUUUCUUUUUAAUUACUUCUUUCUUGACUCUUCUGGCUUUUAUUAUCCACUCUUCCUGUUUGCAUCAGCCAGUAAAGGCUCACAUUCACUUCAUUCUGUAGUGUCAUGUGUUUGCAUUUGAUCCUUGGCCAACAGGAUACUGCUCCCUUCAUCCAACACUAACAUCACAGAAGAACACAAGGUUAUUGUCUGCUUCCUUUAUCCUUAAUAAAAUGUUCUGAGUCAUUUUCAAAACAAAUAUGUGCUUUAAUUGGAAAAACAUUUAUUUUUUGUAAAGUGGUAUGUUAUAAAAGUAUGUCACCCAUCAAAUAAACUAAUGGAUGUAUACUCUGAAUAUAACACAGAGAAGGAAAAGUUUAUAGUUUGUAACACUCUAAACAAAUAUUUAAUUAAGAAGGAUAAGUUAAACUUUUGUAGAUUUUGCUAUUAAAUUGUUGGUAAAUGGUAAAUGGCCUGUAUUUAUAUAGCGCUUUACUAGUCCCUAAGGACCCCAAAGC